AUGGAAGAUGUAUACAAUAUUGAGAAGAGAAAACAAAUAUUUGAAGUUUUAUCAAAUAAUUUAGAAAUAAGAUAUUUAAAAUGCUUUGACAAUCUUUCCAAUGUUAUAAUUCCACCAGAGGACAAAGAAACUUACUUUGUUCCAGAUUGGAAUACAUUCCAUGUGAAUUCUUAUCAAAAGGGAAUUGCAACAGAGAAUACACUGUCGGAAAUUCAUAUUGAUGGUGAAACUGGUAUCAGCUUGAAAGGUUCAUUUGAAGAAGAGUUCUAUUUAUUACCAUUGGAUACACCAAUACCUGAAGAGGCUAAUUCCGAAUUAAUACCUGGAUACAGUUUAUACCAUGUGGAUGAUCACAUAGAGAUCCUAAUUGAUAUGGCCAAACACUUGGAGGAUCAAGGUGUGCCGAAUGAACAGAUUCUGCAUGAGGGUGCACCAAACCAAUUUGAAAUAACAGUGCCUUACACAUCGAUCAUGGAAGCAUGUGAUCGUCAUAUCAUUGUGAGAAGUACAGUUCAUGCUAUUGCCAAGAAACAUGGAUAUCAAGCCACUUUUAUUCCUAAACCAUUUAAAAACGACCUUGGAACUGGUUGCCAUGUUCAUCUUUCUCUGUGGAACAAAGACAAGAAUUUAGUACCAAAUCUAACUCAUUCAACUAAUUUAUCAAACAUUGCAAGACGUGCGAUCAGUGGUAUAUUGCAUCAUGCUAGAGGUCUAACUGCUAUUUUCAAUGCGUCUGUAAACUCAUAUCAACGUUUGAAGCCUAUGACCUGGUCUGGAGGUGCCAUUUGCUGGGGUGUCAAUAAUAAGGAAUCGAUGAUUCGUGUUCCACACAGUGCAUACACAUUCAGUAACUUUGAAUUGAAAUCAUUGGAUCAUAGUGCCAAUGUGUAUGUGGCAAUGGCAGCCACUAUAUAUGCAAUGGUUGAUGGAAUGAUUAGUGAUAGUAUAAAGAUGCUUCCUCCAAUUACCAAAUACCCGUGCCAAUAUACUGACAGUGAAAGAGAUAACCUAGGAAUAAGACAGUUUCCUAAAACUCUUGGAGAAGCAAUCAAAGAACUUGGCUCAGAUACCUUUUUGAUCAAAAUGAUGGGUUCCGAAUUUAUAGAGACCUUUUGUGCUAUCAGACAAUUCGAACAAGAUUUUCUUAAAGGCAAGAGUGAUUAUGAAAUUAUUAAACUCUAUUACAAACUUUGUAAAUUGGCAUUGGUUGAAAAGAUCCGGGAACCAUGUUUUAUUAUUAUAAUCUAUCUAUUCGAGGUUUCUGCUUAUUUGUUUAUUCAACAAAUGGAAGAAUUGAAUAAUGAAAAAAGAAAACAAAUAUUUGAAUAUUUAUCAAUACACACAGAAAUUAGAUAUCUAAAAUAUAUUUGGAUUGAUCUUUCCAAUGUUAUACACUCGAGAAUCAUCAGAACAAAAUAUUUGCUAGAAGAACGAUGCCAGCACUUCCCUAUUCUCAUUACCUUCCUUUAUUGGCGAUGCUUCGACGGAAGAAUAAGUCCAGCGGUUGAUUAUAAACUCGAAGAAUCUGAAGCUUACUUUUUGCCAGAUUGGGGAACAUUCCAAUUGGUUUCAUAUCAAGCAGAGACUGCACAGGUUUUUGGGUACAUUUAUCAAAUUAAGAGAGUGGCUCAGCCUGAUGGUGCUUUCAAGACUCACUAUGAUGCCGUGGAUUGUUGUCCUAGAACCAUGCUGAAGAAUGCAGAGAAAAUACUUUCGGAGAUCCAUAUCGAUGGUGCAACUGGUAUCAGCUUGAAAGGUUCCUUCGAAGAAGAAUUCUAUCUACUUCCUUUUGGUACGUCAUUGCCUGAAGAUUCUAGUUAUGAAUACAGACCAUGCUUUAGCCUUUAUCAUACAGAUGAAUACUUUGAGAUUCUAACUGACAUUGAGAAACACUUGGAGGCUCAGGGUGUGCCAAAUGAACAGAUUAUGACCGAAGGUGGACCAAACCAAUUUGAAAUAACAGUGCCUUACACAUCGAUCAUGGAAGCAUGUGAUCGUCAUAUUAUCAUCAGAAGUACAGUUCAUGCAAUUUCCAAGAAACAUGGAUAUCAAGCCACUUUUAUUCCCAAACCUUACAAGAGUUACCCUGGAACUGGUUGUCAUGUUCACCUUUCUCUGUGGAACAGAACCAAUAAUUUAGUUCCAAAUCUCAGUCAUCCAAAUGGUCUGUCAAACAUUGCAAGACGUGCGAUCAGUGGUAUAUUGCAUCAUGCCAGUGGUCUGGCUGCUAUUUUCAAUCCAAAUGUAAACUCAUAUCAACGUUUGAAACCAUUGACUAUUUCAGGUAAUUUUAUAUGCUGGGGUAUCGGUAAUAAGGAAGCGAUGAUUCGAGUUCCACCAUGUUCUUAUACAUUCAGUAACUUUGAAUUGAAAUCAAUGGAUCAUAGUGCCAACCCGUAUUUGGCAUUAGCUGCAACUAUCUAUGCAAUGGUCGAUGGAAUGAUUAGUGAUAAUAUUAGGAUACUUCCCAACAUUCCAACAUUUCCAACACUCUACACCGAAAUAGAAAAAGAGGAACUGGGCAUUAGAGAAAAUCCUAGAUCUCUUGACGAAGCAAUCAAAGAACUUAGAUCAGAUACCUUUUUGAUCAACAUGAUGGGUUCUGAAUUUAUCAAGAACUUUUGUGCUAUUAGACAGUUCGAACAAGAUUUUCUUAGUGGCAAAACUAAUCAUGAAACCGCCAAACUCUAUUACAAAUUAUGUAAAUCAGUUCGUACCAAAUGGCUUCUUGAGAAUGACUUUAACUAUGUAUGUGUUACCAAUGCUUGUAUGUCGGUGCGAGUAUUCGAUGAUGUCAUCAUUGAAGAAGCUGCACCAUCCACUCAGUUUGGAGAAGUCUUUUUGGUGCCAGAUUGGAGCACAUUCCAUGUCAACUCUUAUUCAGGUGGUACAGCCUCUGUGUUUGGUGCUUUCUAUACCUCUGCUCAGGAUUCCACUUUGCCAACAACCAAAACUCAAGGAUCAUCUUCACAAGCAACCGAGCAUGCUAACAGCUCAAUGAUCACAAAGAAUAAAUUGAGUCCAUGGCCAUACUGUCCUAGACAAACACUAUACAGAGUUCAAAAGAUGUUGGCGGAUAUCAAUGUCGGUGGGAUCCAGGGACUUGAAGUUAAAGGUUCGUUCGAAGAGGAGUUCUAUUUGUUAUCGAAAAGCAAUCCCCUCGAGCCUUUUGAUCCAUAUUCAUUUGCAAGUGUGAUAUCACUAAAUCAAUACCAAACAAUACUUGACGAAAUUGCACAGAACCUCGAACUACAGGGUGUUCCCGUAGAACAAAUGCUUGCCGAGUCUGGACCAGCCCAAUUUGAAAUGACCAUUCCUUACACCUCUAUCAUGGAGGCAUGCGAUCGUCACAUCAUCUUCCGUCAAACCGUACACGCCAUCGCCGAUAAGUUUGGACUGCAAGCAUCAUUCCUCCCCAAAGUCCAUCUGAAUCGUGCUGGUAGUGGUUGUCACGUGCAUCUCUCACUCUGGCAAGCCGGAAACAAUCUUGUUCCCGAUGCAUCCGACAUUGACACUGGAAUUUCAGUGCUAGCCAAGCGCGCCAUUGCAGGUAUUCUCACUCAUGCCAAGGCAAUGACGCCCAUACUCAAUGCUAAUUUGAACUCAUAUCAUCGUCUCCAACCAAAUUGUUGGUCUGGAAACACAAUUACCUGGGGACUGGACAACAAAGAGGCAAUGGUUCGUAUUCCUUCGUCUGCUAGCAAGUCGACCAAGGGAAUCACCAACUUUGAAGUGAAAACACUCGAUCACACUGCCAAUCCAUAUAUGGCGAUCGCAGCGAUCAUCUGUGCUAUGGCAGAUGGAUUAAUCAGUGAGACUAUUACAAUGACACCACCUACCUCUGUCAACCCAUCGUCUCUAACACAGGAACAACGUGAAGCACUCAGAAUCGAUCAGUUGCCAACAUCACUUGAAAAUGCAUUAAAAGCACUCAAAUCAGAUGAUUAUCUUCUCAAUAUGAUUGGUAGCAAGAUAUGCACUUCAUACAUUGCACACCGUCAACACGAAAUAACACUUUUAAAAGAUUGCUCUCAUAGAGAUAUAAUUGAAAGAUAUUAUAAACUAUUUUAA